CUACUACCACACUACUACUACUACUACGACUAACAGCACUCACUACUUGCAAACCCAAAGGUGAACCCGUCCCAUGCUCCACCACGAAAUGUUUGCAAUGCCCUGUCACAAUGCAGGCGCCCUCAGCACCCACAGCCACGCCAGCCUCGGCAGCCCCCAGUGUGGUCAUGAUAGGGGAGACGCCGCGCUGCGCUGUACACUGUGGCCUGUGAAGGGAGUGUGUGGAGGAAGAACGAAAAUACUUUGUGUGAAUUGUGAUGUGAUAUUGUUGAUUGUCUUAAAUAAACACCAGCCGAGAGAAGGAAGAAAACUGCGGCCACCUCAUUUUCUCCGCCGCGCGGCCACGCCCACCACCACCACCACCACCAGGACCAGCAGUGAGGCAGCCAUAGUAUAUAAGGCGUGAGUGAGCGAGGCAAAGCAGACAGUGACCUGCUCCUCCUCUCGUCGCCAACAUGAUGAAGCUGCUGAUUGUGUGCGUGGUGGUGGUGGCGGCGGUGGCGGCGCCCACCUACAACACGCCCAUCCCCAUCCUGAAGGACGACCGCACCCAGAACGCAGCCGGCGAGUACUCCUUCAACUUCGAGACUGGCAACGGCAUCGUGCGCAGCGAGUCCGGCUACCAGGCUGACGGCCAGGAGAACUCCGGCGCCUUCAGCUACACCAGCCCCGACGGCACGCCCGUGGCCAUCUCCUUCACGUCUGGCGCCGGCGGAUACCAGCCCGAGGGCGCCGUGCUGCCCGUGGCCCCGGCGCUGCCCUACCAGCGCUCCGACACCUUCGUGCACUAGACGCCCACGCCCACGCCUACCACAGCCUAUCCUGUCCUCAGUGCCCCCGGAUCUCAAGCUCUGCCUCACGCACAGCGCCAGAUCACUAUUUAUUGUCGUCCAGGCGGCGGCCUCGCUCUCUUGUUUCUCUGAGAUAAAUAAACACUGAAACACUGUAA